UAUUGCCUUGCAAAUUGGCCACUGGUCCAAACUAUUCCAAUUAACAAAGUAGAAUCUGUAGAAAGAAUUCUGCUUGAAUAAAAUGAAUCGGGAAAUAGAGUAGUAGUCAAAGUAGUGUAUAUCAAAGAUAUAUAUAAAAUAUAUAUAAAAUUGCAUUUGUACUUCAUGAAAAUACUUUCAAGGAUGGUGAAAAUAACAAUGACGCGAGAUUACCAUUGACCAAAUAAGUAAGGUCAAUGAUAAUAAUAUAAUUUUGGCCAUUUAAUGAGGCAGUAUUGUUUAUAUGUAUAUUAUUUUACGUUGCGUAGCAACCUAUAGAAACGACAUGAUCGUAUGUAGAAUUGUGAUUUUAUGAAUUAUUAUUCAUUAGUGCAUUAUUUUUUUGUAAUAAAUGAGUACAAUAAAUACUAAAAGAUAUCUAGUUACUAUAAUCAUACAAUAUUUGAUACUGUUUUUUGAUAUUUUUGUUAAUUCGUUUGCUACUUUCUCUCGAGCGAAUCCAAUUAAUUUGUUAAUUCUCUACAUAUAGGAUUAAUACAAUUAUUAUAUACAAAAUUUCGUGUAACAUUAACAUUGUGUAUCAUAUAUAUGGUAUUAAGCAUUAGUCUACAUACAUGGGACAUUAAAAUACAUUGGUCAUCACCUCUCAAAUAUUAUUGGACUAAAGAUUUUCAUGUCUUUUAUUCAUUACAUAGAGGAGUUUUACACUAUUAUCUCUAUAAGAGGGCAUCUCUUAGACUCGCAGAUCCAAGGUUCUAUGAAAGUUCAACAUGGAUUCAAAAUCAGUUCAGCUUGCCAUAA